UGCCCGGACCAUGCAGCGGGUGGCAGGGGUGGGCGGUGCCCUCGAGCUGGCUGCGGGCGGACGGGUGUCCCGGGCCGUGCAGCCGCCCUCCUUGAAGGCCUCCGGGCACGCGGGCGGACCCAGCCGCUGGCCAUCGCCCCGGAGGCCGUGCCUGACCUGGUCCCCGUCGUCCUCUCCGUGCGGAUGAGGCUGGAGGAGACCGGGGAUAUGUUCCGACUGGCGAACUGCCUCAGCGACAUCACCGUGCGGGAACUCAAAGAGGACCUGGACCUGGCGGCCGGCAUCCCCUUCAACCUCCAGCGCCUCCAAUACCUGGACCAAGGAGAUUUACUGGACAACAGCACCCUAAAGUCCCAGGACAUCCUGCCUGGGGGUAUUCUUUCUCUGUGUGUCUGGCACUAUGAUGGUUGGAUGGAUCUGGUUGUGGCGGCAGUGGAAGGAGACCCCAGUAAGCUGUCCUGUCUCGGGAUCACUGAAGAUUCUUUCUACCGAACUGCGAAUUCCAGCCAUCUUGAGGGCAACAAGUGGAGGCAGUGGACAUCUCAGAGGGCCUUUGUGGUGCUGUACAUCACCUCCCACAGAGGUCAUUUAGAUGCUGUGUGGUACCUUCUAGAACAUGGAGCCAGCUGCCGCCGCAGGUCCCCGGUGGGCAGGACGGCCCUGCACGUGGCCUCAGCCAUGGGCCGCCUGGACUGCAUCACACUCCUGCUGGAGCACGGGGCCUCCAUCCUCGACAGGGACGCCCACGGGGAGACACCCAUCGCCCUGGCCCGCCACCUGCAACACCAGCAGAGGGAGCGACACAUGUUCCUCCUGCACUGGAUGGCCAGGUCGGGGGUAAAGGGCCCCAGCGAACUGACCGUGAGGAGGUUCUUCAGACAGGCAGCUCUGGGUCGGGCUGCGCGGGGACCCCAAAACAGCUCCCCCCAAAAGUCUGCCUUUCCAGAGCCCGGCCCCCGCUGCUCAUCAGAGUAGGAAAACAGCUCCUCUGAGACACACGUGUGCUCUCCUGUUUGCCAUUCUUCAGGAGGUGUUGAUGAAAGAGGUGUUUGUGUUCAUUCAGUCAUUUGUUACAGACCUCACCGCUGAUGCCUGGCGUUAAUUCUAAGCUAUUUGUACAUUGUGUCCAAUCACACUGUUAGGGGUGAUGGGAAACCAGUUACCUUCUCUCCCUUCUGGAGCCUGUCUAAUGCAGCAGCAUAACACGAGUAAUAACAAUAAUGAUAAUAGCACUAUUGUUACUGCACAAAACAAGUGCUGCAGAUGUUGGCAGGUCCUGCAGAGUGGGCUGGGAGCUCCAGUGGUGAAACGGAGAAUGAAAGGCUCCCGUGGCUGGUAAUGUUCCAGAAGUUUGGCUGGGCCACCUUGGAGAGAUGGACUUACAUAAUGACGUGGGGGCUGAGGUUCUUCUGAAGGGCCCUUGUCACCCUGGCUGCGGGGCGACUUGCUGGUGUCAGGUGGCCCCUCUUCCUGUUGUCCCCAAGCAGUGCUCCCAUGGGCUCUUUUUCCUGCCCGGCUUUCCCUCGGGCAGACCAGCGCCAGCCUCUAUACCGAACUUAGGCGGUCACACAAAACCUUGGGCCAGGGCCACUUGCCGGGAGGGAGAGGGCUGGGCCCAGCUGCAGCUGAAAGCUGAGCCACAGAUGGCGAGGAGCUCUCCCGUGGGACUGCUGUGCAGUCACACUUGAUGUGCUUCCUUGGAGAAGUGCCAGGCACAACCCCAGUUCCCCAGGGGUGGCUCACAGCCUGGCCCUGUGGGGUGACCCGUAUGGCCCCUGACGCCGUGUCCUGACAUCUUCCGGGGUCCGGAUUUGAGGCAAAGGUGCCUUCAGGGGGGCACUCUGCCCAUCACGUGGUGGGAGUGACAUGAACCCUGCUGCCCUUCAUUCUGACUUACGUCCUCGUAACCAGAUUCAGCUUUUAAAUUCCUGGGCCGUAUUUCCUGCUGUCAUAGCAAGUGAGAUCUGUGUGGACGAUGUCUCUCACGGUCUACGUGGCUAUGCCCAGCUCAGCAACCUGUUUGACAAAUAGUAGGAAAAAAAAUAGUUCGGCAUCAAUGAUGUCAAAACUGAGAUCCUGCCUUUGGCAGGUGGAUGUGAUCCAAUGUCAGUAGGCAGAUAUUAAACAGUCCAAGCCGGCAGGCUAGUUCAUGCAGCUAAUGAGCAGGUGCCGGGUGAUGUGGGCACCCUUUAACUUAACCGGGGGCAUCAGUCCUGGUCGUGUGUCUGCCAUGAGCACAGCUCUGCUCUUUGUUGGGAGAGCCAAGAGCCUGGCACUUGGACACACAACUCGGGGCGAGCACCGCAUGUGCACACGCCCCUGAUUCAGGUAGACACUGGUGAGUUAAGCGUGCGCAGGGCAUUGGAACACACUCCUAGCACCUGGGGUCUGGGGUGUAGCUCAGUGGGAGAACACUUGCCUAGCACAUGCUGGGUCCUGCAUUGCAGCCUCAGCACGGUAAAAGCAAAAGCAACAAUCAACAAUCCAACCCUCCUCCCUCAGCACUGUAUCUGUGGAACUCAGCCUGUGUCUCACACAGCCACAGUGGCAGACUUACCACGACCGCGCCAGCAGGCUGAUCAUGUCAUCGCAAACUCUUAAAGGAUCGCUGUCACCGUUACACACUGCUCAGAAACACAGAAGCCUGGGGUUGUAAGCAGCUGAUGUGUUACGCUCUUUUGGAGCUAUUUUCUGAGAGAGAUGUUGGUAUGGAAGGUGCUGUGUGCCGCACUGGCUGCCCCACAUGCGGCCUCUCUGGACCUCUGAACACCGGGGUCCUGGGCUCCCCCGGGGCCGUCAGCACUUUGCCUUCUCUCCUUAGCGGGGUAUAGUGCAGGGCAGGGCUGCUGCCACUGUUCCUCCCUCUGCACAGGCCUGGAUGCACCCCGGCCGGUGCAGCUUCGCCCCCCCGGGGUCCUUUCAGCACAGAGAGGGCAUCCUUUGGGUGGCCCCUCAGGACUGUGGUACCGCUUACCCUGCAUUAAGUUAUCCUGGAACCCCUUUCAAAUUGCUCUCAAUGCCUUUAUUAUCAACAUAGAGCAAGUUCGUGUCCAGCACCUUCAGAUGCACAGCGAGGGCAGACUUCUGUGAGCAACAGUGCUUCUUGAGCACUAAAUAGGCUCCUUCUUAGUCCGUGGUGGGACAGUUGUGUGUCCCUAGGGCUGCCAGCCAUCUCCCACGGACCAGCACACCCAUGGCCCGAGCCCGCCAUGCCGUGGGAAAGGCCUGGCAUUGCAGUCCAGCAGCUCCGGCUCCGAGUUCUCCUCUGUAUGUAGUUUUUUUUUUUUUUGGUACUGGGGAUCGAACUUGGGACCUCGCGCUUGCAAGGCAGGCGCCAGAACCACUGAGCUAAAUCCCCAGCCCUCCAGUUCUCCUCUGCCAUUGGCCAAGCACUGGCACCUCUCAGGUCCCAGUUUCCUCCUGUGUCAUAUUCGGAUAAUAAAUCUGCCCCCUGUUGUCACUGGAGGGAAGGAGUGCCUGGUACUGGACAGACUUGAAAA